UAUCUAACAUGAAGAAUUAUUUCUGGAUCAUCUUCCUAUUUUGCAAUCAGUCCACGGCGGAGCCGACCCUCGUACCUUGUUGUACGAACCCUUCGCAUAGGGUUCCACCGUCGGGCAUGAAGCUCAACUACCAUCCUAUCAUCGGAAUCAUAAGCCACCCUGGCGAUGGGGCUUCUGGGCGUCUGAACAACUCCACAAAAGCAUCUUAUAUCGCCGCCUCUUAUGUAAAAUUCGUUGAAUCCGGUGGAGCUAGGGUCAUUCCUCUUAUUUACAACGAACCGCCCGAGAUUCUCAACAAAAAGCUCAAUUUGGUUAAUGGAGUGCUGUUUCCAGGUGGUUCGAUUAAAAGGGGUCACUUCUUUGAGGUCGUCGAGUCGAUCUUCAAGAAUGUUGUAAAAAAGAAUGAUGGUGGAGAUCAUUUCCCUUUGCUUGCCGUCUGCUUAGGUUUCGAGCUAUUAGCCAUGAUUGUUUCCAAGGACAAAAACAUCCUGGAGGAAUUUUCUGCCAUAGAUUAUCCUUCUACGUUGAUGUUCCCGAGGAACAUAAAUCUAAACGGUACUGCUUUUGAAAGGUUUCCGCCAUAUUUGCUGCAGAAGAUGGCUAAAGAGAACAUUGUAAUGGAACAUCAUCAAUAUGGGAUAUCGCCAGAAAAGUUUCAUAAGAACAAGAAUCUAUCUAAUUUCUUCAAGAUCGUCACGACUAGUACAUGCAAGAACCGUAAGAUUUAUGUUUCGACCGUUCAGGCCCGAAAAUACCCAGUGACUGGUUUCCAGUGGCAUCCAGAGAAAAAUGCUUAUGAAUGGGGCUUACCUGGUAUUCCUCACUCCGAAUCAGCGAUUCAAGUGACGCAAAAUGCUGCCAACUUUUUCGUCAGGGAAUCUCGAAAAUCUUCGAACAGGCCGUCUAACGGAGAAGUGCUCGAUAAACUCAUAUAUAAUUAUAAACCCACUUAUUGUGGAAAGGCUGGGAGGGGAUUCGAAUCAUUUGAUCAGGUUUACAUUUUCAGCUAAUCAUGUGUAUAAAUUGAUAAGUUUUCACUGCACUUUGAAGUAGUGUGUAUAUAAUAAGAUAGAUACAGAUGUUUGACAGGGAAGAUGUGAUUGUAAAUGAUAUGUUGUAAUUGGAUCUGAAUUAUCAAUAUUGAAAAUGUUUCAUUUUUUCUA